AUGGGAGAAAAACUUUGCGUAGCCCAGAGAAUCGAUGGUAAAAACGGACAGAAAUCGCGGAAUAGUGAUAAGGUGCGCCGGAAGAUUUUUUUCAUGGGCUUGUUUGAUGAUUCGGGAGAGGCGAUGGUCGGUUCUGCUGGAGUCGCGCAAGCUUGGAGGCGACGAGCAAGAGACGAGCUCGAAAAGGCCGGAGAAAGGUACAGUGACGACUGGACGGGGAGCACAGAACAGACGACAGGGCAGGCUGUUGCUUGGCUGCUUCAGCUAAGACUAGCUAGUGUGAUUGGAAGUGUCUGUCUGGGUGCAGUCGCCAGUCUUCUGCGCCGCUAG